GAUGAUUUCGAAGCAGUGGCGUUGUUCCGGCGAGCCGACGACGAGACCGUAUCUGUCUGGAAAUUUGUCUCGUGGGUUAGACUCAAACAUAUUCCGCGCAUUUAGACACUAUUUGUAUGUCCGAUAGGCUAGUCGUUUCACGUUUUAACACCCGUCGGAGUUAGUUUCCUGAUUCGCUCUGGAGAAUGGCUGCUGCUGAGGUAAACGGUAGUUCUGCCCCGGCAAAGGAGGAGGAAGAGCCUAUGGAUGUGACCACAACACACACAGAAAACUACCAGACCCUCCUUGAUGCUGGGCUGCCCCAGAAAGUAGCUGAAAGUCUAGAUAAUAUCUUCCAGACAGGCCUAGUGGCAUACGUUGACCUGGAUGAAAGGGCUAUCGAUGCACUGCGGGAAUUCAAUGAGGAGGGGGCGCUUACUGUGCUGCAGCAGUUCAAAGAGAGCGACCUGUCCCAUGUACAGAAUAAAAGUGCUUUCCUUUGUGGAGUUAUGAAGACCUACAGGCAGAGAGAAAAACAAGGAAGUAAGGUACAAGAGUCCACCAAGGGCCCAGAUGAGGCAAAAAUAAAGGCCCUGUUGGAGCGCACAGGAUACACCCUGGAUGUCACUACAGGCCAGAGAAAAUAUGGGGGUCCUCCACCUGAGGAUGUGUUCAAAGGCACUCAUCCAGGCAGUGGAACUGAGGUUUUUGUUGGAAAAAUCCCCAGGGAUUUGUAUGAAGAUGAGCUGGUGCCGCUCUUUGAGUCUGCUGGUCCCAUCUGGGACCUCAGGUUAAUGAUGGACCCUUUAUCUGGUCAGAACAGAGGUUAUGCCUUCAUCACAUACUGCAAUAAGGAUGAUGCACAGAAGGCUGUGAAGCUUUGUGAUAACCAUGAAAUCCGCCCUGGCAAGUACUUGGGAGUUUGUAUAUCUGUUGCAAACAAUCGCCUGUUUGUUGGAUCGAUUCCAAAGAACAAAACAAGAGAAAGUAUAUUGGAAGACUUUGGCAAAGUGACAGAGGGUCUCCAAGAGGUGAUAUUGUAUCAUCAGCCGGAUGACAAGAAAAAGAACCGUGGUUUCUGUUUCCUCGAGUAUGAGGACCACAAGUCCGCGGCACAGGCUCGCCGUCGCCUGAUGAGCGGCAAGGUCAAAGUGUGGGGGAACCCGGUCACUGUGGAGUGGGCUGACCCUGUAGCUGAACCAGACCCAGAGGUCAUGGCUAAGGUAAAGGUGCUCUUUGUGAGGAAGCUGGCAACAGCAGUGACUGAGGAGCUUCUUGAAAAGACCUUUUCCCAGUUUGGAAAGCUGGAACGAGUGAAGAAAUUGAAAGACUACGCUUUUGUCCAUUUUGAAGAGAGGGAUGCUGCCGUAAAGGCAAUGGAGGAGAUGAAUGGGAAGGAACUGGGAGGAGAAGAAAUUGAGAUUGUCUUGGCAAAGCCCCCAGACAAGAAGAGGAAAGAGCGCCAAGCAGCUCGUCAGACUACCAGAAAUGCGGGGUAUGAUGACUACUACUACUAUCCACCUCCACGCAUGCCUCCGCCGGGCCGAGGCAGGGGCCGUGGUGGCCGAGGGGGCUAUGCCUAUCCACCUGAUUACUAUGGCUAUGAUGACUACUACGAUGACUACUAUGGCUACGACUAUCAUGACUACCGUGGUGGCUAUGAAGACCCUUACUACGGCUACGAAGACGUGUACACCAUGAGGGGCCGUGGUACUCGUCCCAGCAGGGGAGGUCCACCUCCUCCCAGGGCUCGUGGAGCUCCACCGACACGAGGCCGGGGUGGCUACGCCCAAAGAGGGCCACCCCUCGGUGGUCAGGGUGGCCGAGGAGGGCGAGGUGCCCCUUUCCAGCCUCAGAGGGGCCGCGGUCCUCGCGGGGCCAGGGGCAAUCGCGGCGGCAACGUCGGCGGAAAGAGGAAGGCAGACGUGUUUAACCAGCCUGACUCCAAGCGCCGCCAGACCAACAACCAACAGAACUGGGGGUCCCAGCCCAUCGCCCAGCAGCCCCUGCAGCAAGGGGCCGACUAUUCUGGUAACUAUGGUUACAGUAAUGACACCAUGGAGUUUUCACAGGAUUCUUAUGGGCAACAGUGGAAGUAGAUGCACCAAAAGGUAUUUGGCAACAAAAAAAAAGAAAAGAGAAAAAAAAA